CGGCGCUCCAGGAAACUGGUGGCCCCCGCGUCUGGUAUCCUGCACUUCGCUAGUUGGGCGCUGCUGCUGCACGCUGGGGUCGCUGCGCCGCCGCCGAGAUCAUGGUGUUCUACUUCACCAGCAGCAGCGUUAACUCAUCUGCUUACACUAUAUACAUGGGAAAGGAUAAAUAUGAAAAUGAGGAUCUAAUAAAAUAUGGCUGGCCUGAAGAUAUUUGGUUUCAUGUGGACAAAAUCUCUUCGGCUCAUGUAUACCUUCGAUUACAUAAGGGGGAGAAGAUAGAAGACAUUCCAAAGGAAGUAUUGAUGGACUGUGCCCAUCUUGUGAAGGCCAAUAGCAUCCAAGGCUGCAAGAUGAACAAUGUUAAUGUGGUGUACACUCCAUGGUCCAACCUGAAGAAAACAGCCGACAUGGAUGUGGGACAGAUAGGCUUUCACAGGCAGAAGGACGUAAAAAUUGUGACAGUGGAGAAGAAAGUGAAUGAGAUCUUGAACCGAUUAGAAAAGACUAAAACAGAACGGUUCCCAGACCUAGCAGCAGAGAAGGAAUGCAGAGACCGUGAGGAGAGGAAUGAGAAGAAAGCCCAGAUUCAGGAAAUGAAGAGGAGAGAAAAGGAAGAGAUGAAGAAGAAGAGGGAAAUGGACGAACUUAGGAGCUAUUCAUCACUAAUGAAAGUUGAGAAUAUGUCUUCAAAUCAGGAUGGCAACGAUUCAGAUGAAUUCAUGUGAAUGAAGAAAAGGAUCUUUUAAAGAUGUGAAUUUAGGGACAUUUUGAUUUCAUUUGUGUUCUGGGUUAUAAAAAAACAACCAACCGAAACUCUAUCUUCAGUCUACACAAAUAUCAACGUGGGAGUUUUUAAAAAAAAUUCUUCCCUUUUUUGCUGAUAUAUAUGUAUAUAUCAGAUACAGUUGGACUUGAAGAUAGCAUAUAACUUUAGGAAAGUGAAAAUAUGUGCACCUGAACAUGUCUUGGUGGCUCACAAAAGUUGGCUGCCCUUGUUCUUGGGAUAGGCUUUAGAGCAAACCAACUCUGAAAAGUAUUUCUGGUAUGUGGUCUGUCUCUGAAAACAGAUGUCUUGAAAAGCUUUUUAUAUUCUUAAAAUAGCUUCACUUCCGUUAAGAAGAAUAUAGUGGUGAGCAAUAUAUGGGAAUGUUCCUUUCACCCUUGACUUCCUGAUUAGAAAAAGAAGCAUAUGGGUUUGAAGAUGAUAACAAUAUAUUCAAAGGUUGCUGGCUUCAUUGUCUACGUUCCCUUGUGUCGUCUGACUCGAUUAGCAGAGCUGUCCUUGCCUCUCAGCUUUCCCUAGCAUCUACAUUCUGCAUCCUUAUUCUCCCUGAGUGAGGGCCUCCACCUAAGUACCAUCAGACUUAAAGAAGUAGUUGGUAUUAAUCAAGGUUGGGACUUCUGGCAGUUUUUACCUGAGCACCAAGUGACUCGGGCCACAUGGAUUACAACCUCCCGGCCCUGGAGUCGUUUCUCAGCACUGAGGGGACACAUAGGAAGGAAUGCUCUGUGAAUCAUUGUGAAGAUGUAGGUUACCUGAUUUUUGUCUUGGAAUACAGCAUGAAGCAGAAGUCCGUGUUGUAAUUAUGAUUUUAAGAAGAUCAAGCAUUUCAUCAGCCAGCCAAGUAAUUUGCGUAUUUACCUUGAAAUAAUAUUUAUUUUGAGUUGUAACACCAGUUAAAAUUUGUCAAUUGCAGGCUCAGUAACUUAAUAUGUAAUAGUACUGCUCAUUCAAACUACCUGCUCUCCAGUGUGAUUCUGAACGGAAGAUACAUUUUUAUUAAAACUGUAAGGCAACCGCUGUAGAAAGAAACAAAGCAACACAAUUAAAGGGAAAGAGAACAAAGCCUGCAGGUCAGGAGGCAUAUAGAUUCACAUUUUAACCACACCCAGAACUGUGUAUGCAUCAUUCUUAUUCUUGCUCUAACCCAGCAACAAUGACCUCCAACAAAUUUUCUAUCUAUAAUAGCACUUUGGAACUGUGGCUAAAACCAAAAUACUACCGUGUUUCUUUUUACUCCAAGUUGGUGUGUGGGGUUGAACUGGAAAUUUUCCCUGAGACAUAACUCAGCCAAAUUUUGAGACAGAGUAUUGUAGACAUCUCCAGAAAUUAAUAGAGAGAGAGAGAGAGAGAGAGAGAGAGUGUGUGUGUGUGUGUGUGUGUGUGUAAUGAUAUUCAGCCUGGAGUUCUGUGAUUUAAAAAUAUAAUAAAGAAUUUUUUUUUUUAUUUGGAAGGACAUUGAUAGAUGAAUUCUUUUAAUUUCCUUUUUAUCCCUAUACUCAGGCUGCUUUGGGGGGGGGCUCUGGCUGUAGAAACAAACAAACAAACAAAAACCCCAUCACCUGGUAAGUUCAAUCUGGCCAGUUCGAUGGAGGUUCCCUCUCUCCCGCUGAUAAGUGCAUCUCUCCCCAGCGCCCGCCUGGGCUGAAGCGGGCAACCGCAGUGGCUGUGCUCUCCUGCCUGGUGACUGGAACCACUUCUUCAACACUCUGCUGCCAGCAUCCAAAAUGGGGAGAUUUUCCCCUCCAGCAGCCCCUCCGUCACCUCCGCUUUCUGCUCCUCCUGAAGGACUCCUCUGUACCCCACAUCACAACAUAGGCGCACAGAGGUUUGGAGGACUACAUCUGUUUUUACUGUAGUGUACGAGAUCCAAGAGUCCAAAUUUUAAAAGUGUUGCGAUUCAGCUUUCGCUGGUUUAAAGUGUCACAGCCUCUCUUCUGGAGUCUCCAAGUUGCAGUCCAAGCUCUCAAACCGUGCCAGCCGUCCUGGGCUGCUUUCCUCCAGCCUCUGCCUGUGUCUUGGGAAGUCUUCUCCCACAGCUCUCUUGGGCCCAGAGAAAGCAAGGAUCUUUUCUUUUGAGAACAUUGAUUUUGGUGCCAAUAGGUCAGGCUGUUGGCACUGAAGUCAUCUCAUUUCUUGCUGUUGGCAUGUUUCCUAAACUUCCUAUAGGAAAAUUCCAAAUUAAUGGCACUUUUAUGAGCUGUGCCCUUGAUCAAAUUUGUGCAUCCUGAGGAUUUCUUUCCAAUUCUGUCGUCGGUUUUCCCUACUCGGCUUGAUCUGCACGCAGGUGAGGUUCAUGAUGGCAUUUAGUUUCCUUCACAAACUACUCUGUUAUACUUCUAGAGCUUUAGAAUUUGUUUCUUGUCCACCGUUGUGGAUAUAGGGUCACAGUCUCUGGGCAAGAGAGCUUUGCCACGGUGCUGGGGAAGCUCGCCAGCAUACAGGUUUGUACGAUAGCAGGCAGCCAUAGGCUGUGGCUGCACCCUUUCAAUAUCCUUUAUUACAUUGUUCUUAACUUUAGUGAAGCAUGGGUUUUGGUGAGCCUUAUUAAUGCCAACGGUUUCCCCUCCCAGGAGGGGAGGGGCACAUGUACCACAAGGUUAAAGAGGGGCAUUUCAGCUCUGGCCUCCACUUUAAGCACAAAGCACUUCCUUCCACUUCCGCAUCUGUCUGAGGAGGGCACGCUCUUGUCUCCCAGGCUGGAACAGGUUAUGGGGAAAACGGAGCAUGAUGGAGCAAUGGAACACUCUCCCAGUCCUUCCUGAGCUGUGAUCUUGGAAACUGCUCUCCUGUCAGUUUGAUUUGAAGUAUGGCAUCGUGUAUGACAUAUACCGUUCUCAGACUGAUCGUAGUAGAAUGAGUGGAUGACGUUUUGAUUUUAAAGUAGGCUGUAAAACAAUCAAACUGUAAUUAAAAAUGUAAAAUUAGAAACUUAAAAUCCAACCUAAGUGUCAGUCUCGACCCAUCUAACUCCAGCAAGUCUGUGACAGCUCAGACGUGAGGACAGCUCUGCUGGUGCCCGACAUGCUCACGUUCAAGUCACGCUGAGAGUCUGCUGGGCACACGAGGGUCUAGCGCAAAGGCAAGAGGCUUUAUGUGCACUGUAUCAUUUCACAAAUGAGAUGAUGUCAAGUGUGUAUGCAUCAUGUUCUGGAUGAAUGAUAAGUAAAAUAUAAUAAAGUUUAUAGU